AUGAAACGAUUCGCCGUCGGUCUUCUCACUUUGGGUGCGACUAUAAACGCCGCACCAAGCGCUGCACCUCCCACAGCUACGGUGCGCAAUGGCACUUAUAUUGGUGUACACAGCGACACAUUCAACCAGGACUUUUUCCUAGGAAUGCCCUAUGCACAGCAGCCUGUAGGCGACCUACGAUUCACCGUACCGCAAUCCUUGAAUGAAAGUUGGGAUGAGACACGUGACGCGAAAGCAUACUCAGACAUCUGUGUGGGCUACGGGACGGAUUCCAUCUGGUACCCCCAGUCCGAGGCCUGCCUAACGCUCAACGUGAUUCGCGGCUCUUCAGCGCACAAGAACGCCAAGCUUCCGGUCGGGGUGUGGAUCCACGGCGGGGGGUUCUACCAAGGAUCCGGAGCCGACCAGCGCUAUAACAUGUCCGCAAUUGUGCAAAAUUCAUAUGCUAUUGGAAAACCUUUCAUCGCCGUGACCCUCAACUACAGACUCUCAACCUGGGGGUUCAUCAGCUCGAGUCAAGUUUCUGGCACCGGCAACACAAAUCUCGGCCUGAGAGACCAAAGACUAGCUCUGCAUUGGAUUCGGGAAAAUAUUGCUGCGUUCGGUGGAGACCCCGACAAGGUCACAAUCUGGGGCGAGUCCGCUGGCGGUAUGUCGGUGGGCUUUCAUCUUACAGCGUACGGUGGUCGGGACGACAAACUUUUCAGGGCUGGCAUUAUGGAGUCCGGAGGCUCCAUAUAUGCAAGUCCGUCAAAUUACACCACAUACCAGUCUUCCUACGACGCAAUAGUCGCCAGGGUGAAUUGUACCAACACCGAAGACACGCUACAGUGCCUGCGGGAAGUCCCAUUCGAGACUCUGAAUGCUGUUCUCAAUGGAACCGACGGAUCACCUCAAUACAGUUUCACUCCGGUGGUUGAUGGAGACUUUGUACGAAAUUGGGGCAGCAUCCAGCUCAACAAGCAUGAGUUCGUCAAAGUUCCGAUCAUUUCUGGAACCAACACAGAUGAGGGAACCGCAUUCGGGCCAACUGGGAUCAAUACAACCGAGCAGUUCUAUGAUUAUCUUACCGAUGGCGCAUUUGGCUUCCAGACACCUCCUAUGGUCGCGAAAAAGAUUCUCGAAUUGUAUCCUGACGACCCAUCACAAGGCAUACCAGAAUACUUGGGGGAUAAACGUGUCCCAUCGAUGGGAUAUGAGUGGAGGCGCACAAGUACUUUUGCUGGCGAUUUCACGAUGCAUGCGAACCGGCGCCGACAAUGCGAAGCAUGGACGGAAGCAUCAACACCUGCCUAUUGCUAUCGCUUCAACGUACAUUCAGCCGACGUGCCGCUUCUCAGCGGGGCAACGCACUUUGAAGAAGUAUCAUUCGUCUUUCAUAAUAUUGCUGGGUUAGGCUAUCACUAUGGAAAGCCUUUCGCAGGUGUCCCUCAAUCCUACUUCGAUCUCAGCUCUAUGAUGACAAGUAUGUGGGCUUCAUUCAUUCAUGACCUGGAUCCAAAUUCGGGUGUUGUCAAUAAAAGUGUUCAUUGGGCAGCCUAUGGGAAAGAAACACCAGUGAAUAUUCUCUUGGAUGCCAACACGACAAGUCAUAUGGAGUCUGAUACUUGGCGAAAAGAGGGAAUCGAGUAUAUCAAUUCAAAUGCCCCAGCAUUCUGGCGCUGA